GGCUUGCCGCGGGGCCGGCAUGUGGGAUUUGUCCUGGGAAUCUGCGCAGCCCGUUAGUUUUGUGUUUGGUGAUCUUAAUGGCACCAUGAAAAGGGUGCGAUAAGAUCUGGAAAUAAACGAACAAACCGACUUUAUGCUUAUAAAGCGCUUUCUGCCCAAGGAUUUCAGAGCUUUCUCCCCUGCAUGGUGGGUAAGGAUUCCUGCUUUAUGGAUUUGUGAAGUGAGGCGGGGGGUGAAGAGCCAGAGAUCAGCCUAAGCUAUAAACCAAGAGUAGCACACUGAUCUUGUGCUGAGCUCCUUGUCCAGAAGUGCCAGCUGAGGGGUUUUAGGGUGCGAGUGUGAUGGUUUUCCAUUGUUAAUUCAGCUAAAAUUGAGCUAGAAACUUGCUGAGGGUGCUACAGAAGUGUGUCUUGGAUAUAAAUUCUCCUAAAAGGGCUCCGUGUCCGUAGGUGCGCAGUGCAUGAGUGUGCUGUGAAAAGAAGCACUAAAGCAGCCCCUUCUAAGUACUCCUGUGUGAUUUCUGGUUUGUGUUUCGGUAUGAAUUAAUCCAAACUAACAAAGCUUGCUUUGAUGAGGAGGAAAAUGUCUGUAGCUCGGGUAGCAGAUGCUUUGUUCAUCACUUUGUGUGUGAAUGUGCUGUAAAACUAUUUAAACAAAGUCUCUUCUCUUGUAAGUUCACCCUGCGAUGCCGCUUUUCGGAAGACGCAGCUGCUCUCAGUGGCUGCUUCUCACCCAUCUCUGGGCCCAACAGCAGCUGCUGCGGCCCCAGCUGCAUGACGGGCUGUUACAUCAAACUGUUCUUUCAAUGCUCCUUUUACAGGACAGACCUGUCGCUGCUGCCCCAAGUGCUUGUGGGGGUGGCGGGUCCAGGGUUUGGACGAGUUUCCUUUUACAGAGCAGCAAGGACAGAGCAAAGCUUCGUCAAGCCUGGUGUCUACAGCCUUCCAGCCAUGAAAUACGGUAGUUGUCAGUUAGUUUGCAUGUUAGCUCAGUGGCCUGAGUAACUUCAGGCACCAAAGGGUGAACCUGGAAGAUCUGAGUAACCAGUGAAACUGCCACAACCCACUUCUGGUUCACUGUUAACAGCUCAGUAAAUCUGACUUCGUUUACUGUGGCUGGCAGUUUCCCAGUGUGGGAACAACAAAUCGAAGGUGUGGGCACCUGCCUGUUUCUCUGUCACGUCACCUCUGAGAACCCAGACUUGCGCUCUUGGAACCAAAAAUGAACCCUGUGUUGUCAAGCCCGCGUCAACAGAUCACUGCAGGCCAGCCUUGAAGCGCGGUGUUGCCGAAAAGGAGACCUCCACCCCGCGGCAGGCGCCCGAGGGAGCUUGAACCCUGCCACCUUCUCAGGCCCGUGGAGUGCAGAGAUGAAGACCGAGCCGGUGCUCCUGCCGUUCCCCUGCGUUGCUGCCGCAGGAGCGAGCUGUGUCCUUUAGUUAAAUCUCUGUGUGGUCUCUUCCUUGAAGCUGCCUGUGGUCCAAGUGGAAUGUGUUCAGAAAGGCCCUGACCGGCGGGUGAGGGGUGGACGCGCGUGUGGGACUCAGCCCGGGGAGCGAGCAGCCGGUUGAUUGGUUUGGGUCCCCACAACCCCAAGAAGAAGCAGGACCUAGAUAAGCUUUAUGAUCUAAAAGCUAAAGCCCAACAGAUUAUGAACCAGUUUGGCCCUUCUACCUUGAUCAACCUCUCCAACUUCUCCUCGAUAAAGCCAGAGCCAGCCAGCACUCCCCCCCAGAGCUCCAUGGCCAACAGCACCACCGUGGCAAAGAUGCCGGGGACGCCCAGCGGAGGAGGACGGCUGAGUCCUGAAAGCAACCAGGUUUUAACCAAGAAGAAACUGCAAGAUCUGGUGCGUGAGGUGGAUCCAAACGAGCAGCUGGAUGAAGAUGUGGAGGAAAUGCUGUUGCAGAUCGCCGAUGAUUUCAUAGAGAGCGUGGUGACGGCUGCCUGCCAGCUUGCACGGCAUCGCAAGUCGAACACCCUGGAAGUGAAAGAUGUGCAAUUGCAUCUUGAGCGUCAGUGGAACAUGUGGAUCCCAGGCUUUGGUUCGGAAGAAAUCAGACCCUACAAAAAAGCCUGCACUACAGAAGCUCACAAACAGAGAAUGGCACUGAUUCGCAAAACUACCAAGAAAUAGCCCCUGGGAAGAGCCGGGAGAAGAUGCCAGUGCUUUUUGGGAUAUCUGCCUCUCCAUUGAAGCCUCCACGAUGCCAUCCAUGGGAUAUUUUUUUUAAUGCUUUACAGAGAAGCAUAUAUUUUUUAUUAAUGGUGCAGCAAUAUCUUGACUUUAUGAGGAGAUCUGCCAAAAACAUUCUACGCCCCCUUCCUCAUUCCUCCUAAGAGCGCAACAUAUCUCAAAACAAAGACUUUUAUUUGUGACUUGAAAGUGGUUUAUCGUAUAAGUGAUUAUCCAAGGGACAGAGCAUUUGAUCUUGUGUGGGACAGUAUUAGAAGCAUCUGUAGAGGUUUUUGUUUCCUCCUUCCUGCCCCUACCUGCUCCAGUACUUUGUAAUGUCAGUGUUUAUAUAAAUACUUGCAUUUGUUUUACAUGAAUAAAGAAAUUAUUAAUCUAAAA